UUUAGUCGUCCAACUGUCACUGUGACACAUCAAAACACCGCCGCGGGUGACUCGUUUUUUCUUCCAGUUGGAUCAUAAUUCUGGGUUGCAGCAGCUUCCACUUAAAAUCGUACAAGAAAUUCGUGUAGACUGAACAGAGUCCGCGAAUUUUCAUUGUUCAAGGAAAUCAUUGCGUUCAGCUUAGUCAGGAGCCGCGUCGAAAGAGACUUUCAGCGAGAGAUCGUCCACUUGAACGGGGUGUUGUCUCUUCGUGCUCGUUAUCUCGACAUUUGUUGGGUGAAAAAACUAUCAAAGAUUUCCGGUAACCUUAAUUCUGGUGACUAAUUUGGAAAGGCUCCCCUUAUAAGCGAUCAACGGACGGUCAACAAUGGCAGAGCGACACACAUUUGGAGGAAUUUUAGCGCCGAUUACUUGUCAUGCUUGGAACAAGGAUCGAACACAAAUUGCCCUCUCACCUAACAAUCACGAAGUUCACAUUUACCGUCGUGAUGGCAGCGAUUGGAAGCUACUUGAUGUUUUAAACCAACAUGAUCUUCGUGUAAUGGGCAUCGAUUGGGCUCCAAAUACCAAUCGAAUUGUUACCUGUGCCGUAGAUCGAAAUGCAUACGUUUGGAGUCAAGGAGACGAUGGAAAAUGGAAGCCAACUUUAGUUCUAUUACGUAUAAAUCGGGCUGCAACAUGCGUAAAGUGGUCACCAUUAGAGAACAAGUUUGCGGUGGGAUCUGGAGCGCGUCUGAUCUCAGUGUGUUACUUCGAAUCCGAGAAUGAUUGGUGGGUUUCAAAGCAUAUCAAGAAACCAAUUCGAUCGACGGUUACCUCCCUAGAUUGGCAUCCGAAUAAUGUGCUGUUGGUAGCUGGUUCUACUGAUUAUAAGGUACGAGUCUUCUCUGCCUAUAUCAAAGACAUCGAGGAGCAACCUUCACCGACACCCUGGGGUAAUCGCAUGCCACUGGGACAAUUGAUGGCCGAAUUUAAAAACACCACUGCUGGCGGUGGUUGGAUACAUAGCGUAAGUUUCUCCGCGGAUGGCAAUCGCAUCUGUUGGGUAGGACACGAUAGUGCAAUUAAUGUUGCGGAUACGAGUAUUGGAAAUCAAGUGCUUCGUCUGAAAACAGAAUUCCUUCCAUUCUUAUGUUGCGAUUGGAUAUCACCGAACUCUAUAGUUGUCGCCGGCCACAGUUGUGUCCCGUUAAUUUACUCAUUGGACGCUUCCGGGAAACUUCAGCUUUCCGCACGCCUGGAUCAAUCGCAAAAGAAAGAAUCAAGCGGGAUAUCGGCUAUGCGAAUUUUCCAAUCAUUGGAUCGUAAUCUUCGAACUGAAAACUCCGAUACAUGGCUGGAGUCGAUUCAUCAAAACGCGAUAACUUGUAUUUGUUUGUAUGCAGGCAACAAAAGUAACACAAAGAAAAUCAGUACUUCAGGGCUGGACGGCCAACUAGUCAUUUGGGACUUGGCAUCAAGUCUCACGAAAUCAAUGCAAGGAUUGAGGAUCUAAAAAAUUGGUAGGCGAUAAAAAAGGCAAAAAUAAGAUGAGAGACAAAUGAACAAGGGCGAAAAUAGCAACCAAUAGUCCGAAGUGAAAAUAAUCAAAAAGUUUGUCAAAAUGAUUGCAUUGCGCGUUAUUCUUUCAAGAUUUAAAAUCUUCAAAUUGGGUCUCUGCCACUAAGUUAUUCUAAUUAAAAACUAGCUCCAUUAAUUUUCAGUGCGCAUUCUUUUAAUUGUAUAAUUUAUUUAAGAUGAAAAAUUGUAUAUUGUUUCGUGCGUGCAAAAGAAAAGUAUUUUAAUAAAAACAAAUGUUAAUGAGU